UCGCGCUGCGAUUUUGUCAUCGACGCGAUCAUUGUUAUUCUGCUCCUACGCGAUAAUUAUUCCCAACUCGUCGCGGAUCUUUGGGCAAUGCCCAAUUCUAUAUUUUUGAUUGCGUGACAAAUUCAAAACAAAAAAUAAAUAAAUACAAAAUAAAGGCGCAAAAUAAUAAGAAGCUGAAAUAAACACAAAAUAUAAGCUCACCCACGAAAAUGCAGAUCGAUUCGCAGCCACGCAGGCGCAGUGGCUUUACCAUUAUUACGCUGCUGCUAAUCAUCAAAGCCGUAGCUGGAAGGCCUGAUGUGCGGGAGUCGCCCUUCGCCCGCAACCUGCAGCCGCCGCUGCUGCAGCAGGACGAGUCCUUCAACGGCGGAGGAUCGUCGGGCAGGGCGGUGGACAGCUACGGCAACCCCAUCGAUGCCCUGCGGCCCAUUGACACGCCCGAUGGGCGCAAGGUGGUCAGUGCGCAGGGCGUGCAGUUCGAGAUACCCACCUACGCCUCGGGCAUCACGGAGAUCCGGCGCCCGGCCGAUGAUCUGCUGCCGCCGCACAUUGAUGCCAUCGCUGUGGGCCUGGAACCCAGCUCCGAUCCGAACCCGAAUCCGAGUCGGAACUCAUACUCUGGCACAACAUCAGCAUCUGCACAAGCACCAAUUCCAGCCACAUCACUAACACCGCCCCACCUUGAACCAUUACCCGACACAACGACGCAUGCGGAUGCGGAUGCUGUUGUGGAGGUGGAGCAAGCUCACCUGGUGCCACUCGCCCAGCAACAGCGAGAGGAAAGCGUCCAGGACCUGCAGCUGGUCAGUGGCUCGCUGCCGGACUACCUCAAAGAGCUUCAGCGCCAGGAUCCCGACAUUGAUGGUCCCGUCCCGUGGAAGCCAGCCGAAGACGGAGCGCCUCUGAGCGUGAUUGCCUGGGACCUGCUGCCGCCGUAUCCGGAGAAGGAGCCGGCAAUCAUUACGCAGGCGGAGCAACAGCCCGCCAAGCAUGUGCAGGGCGUCGUCGAUCCGGUUAGCCAGAACAUUCGGAUCAGUCUGAGCAGCGGCAGUGGCUUAAGUGCGGCGGAGCCACAGCCCCAAGGUCAUCCGCCAGUGGAGCACGGCACCAAUGCCCAUGUGGGCAGCACCACGCCCAGCAACCCAGGACGUUUUCCCAACCGCCAACGCGGCACAGCCCACUACAGCACCACCCGAAGCAGCAGCACCACCCUAAGGCCAAGGACCACGACAACUACAACAGAGAGACCCACCACGACGACCACCACACCGCGAACCACCACAACGACUACGACGACCACCACUCCCAGGCCCAGCACGAGGGCCACAACAACGCGGGCCCCAACAACGAAACCCACUAGAGCCACAACGACAACCACCGAGGAUCCCUCCAGCUUUUACCGCCUGGAAAAGGCCGAGGAGUAUGCCUACACAUUGCCGCCCUGGCUGCAGGAGGUGACCGAUCCUGAUCUGGACGUGGCCGUUACCUUCACGGUGCCCACCGACAACGAUCAGUACAACCACACGCUGGCCAACGACCUGGAGCCGCCGUUCGAGCCAUUCGUGGAUCUGGGCAACAUCCAGCUGACGCCUCCGCCCACAGUCGGGCUUCCGACGAGCACGGCGGCGCCGACAACGACACCUUCUCCAUCUCCAUCGACCACCACGAGCACCACUACCACCACCACCACCACCACAACUACCACAACCACCAGAAAACCAACCACAACAACGACGCAACGUCCCACUACGCUGCGUACCACCACCACAAAUGCACCCACAAGCACUCAACCAUCGCCACCGCCAGCCAAACUGAUCACAACCACCCAACAUGCAGAUUUGCCGCAGCCGGAGAACGCAGUCGGAGCGUCCUCCACUCCGGGCCCUGUGGAAGCGAACCCCUUCGAUUCGGCAACGAUUCCAGCCUGGCUGCGGGACUUUGACUAUCCGGACGUGGGCCCCGGCGUUCCCUUUAACCCAGACAACUUUGGAUCCGGAUCAGGAGCAAGCAGUACGCGCUCUCCCCCUACUCCUCCUCCCACCACCAUCUCCUCCUUCUCCCACUCCUCAGCUUUUCCAUCCAAAGUCACGCUUCCGCUUCCAGCAAGCAGCGAGGAGCCGCCGCUAGUGCUGGUGCCGCCCGCCGAUCGCCCGGAAGCCAACCCAGAGUCUGGCUCCCCACUUCUGACCAACUCUGUCACGCCUUUUGCAGCCCGUCUGGAUCCCCAGGCCUCCAUCGGUUCACCCAACACCAAUCCCAGUCCGAACUCCAUUGGCGGAGAACAGUUCCCGCCCUUCGGCACCGCCGGCGGCAAGGUGGAGUACACGAAGAGCGACGAGGGCAAGGUGAUCAGUACUCCAGUGGUCGCCAAUAACCAGCGCAAAACCGAGAGUGCCACGCCCCCCAGCAGCAGCAGUAAUAGUGGAAAGUAUACGGGAGGAUUCGGAGCCCCUCCCGGCCUUCUGAGGCCGCAAUCAGCUUCGAACGCCGUAUCAGGCUCAGCCUCGGGCUCUCAAGCGGACAUAUACGUGGCCGGAAACCAGCACGAAUUUAGCCAAGUGGCGAAGGCCAAUAAGGCGCGACCUACUGUUAAUCCGGGCCGCUACACGGGAGGAUUCGGUGCGCCCUCCGGCGUACUCGCCCCCCAAGCGGAGCCCCGCCCUUUCCAGCACCAUUCCGUGCAGCAGCCGCAGCACCAACUCCAGCAGGCGGCGUCUACGGAGCACAGGCAGCGGGAACAGAGUCGCUUCGGUGGCCCUCCGGGCAUCCUGGUGCCCUUCGACAACGUCCAACGCACCGGGGGGCAGUAGUCGGAGUAGCAGGAAGGAAAGAGUCCUCCCGAUGCAGUCGUAGUUGCCCGCAAGCACUUAAAUUAUUUGUAGCCCACGUACAUGUACCUUUUGCCAAAAUACUUAUUCAAUAAACCGCCUCAGAAGUA